CCCGCCUGUGGAAGCUCCUGACCUUCGUGGUGGCCCUGCCCGGGGUCGGCGUGUGCAUGCUGAACUGCUACUUGAAAGCGCAGCACGAGCACGAGCGGCCCGCGUUUGUUCCUUACGCUCACCUCCGGAUCAGGACCAAGCCUUUCCCCUGGGGUGACGGGAACAAAACUUUGUUCCACAACCCCCACGUUAACGCUCUCCCAACCGGUUAUGAAGAUGAAAACUAA